GCAGCGAACAUUGGAUACAACUUUGAGUGGUACAAUUCAACUAGCAGGCACCUCAUGCCUCGGCCGUGGCGUUUUGGGUGCAGCUGUCCUUCUCAAUCCCGGAGUCACACUGUGGCUGCCACAUUCCUAGUGGCACCUCACUUCUCCCGGGUCGGCGUGUCGGCACGUCGUGAGUGGUGGUGGUUCAACAUCGGAUGGCCCCUAUGCUGGCUUAUUCUUCUCUACCAGCCGUUGACCCGCCGCUCCUGGACCAGCUUCUCGUCGAAGCUUUCGAUGCUGGGCUUGGUGCUGAGGCUUCCAGUGCGCUCCUUGUCGUUGGGCCGUGCAGCCUUGAGGCGGUCGGGGUCGUAAGAGAGUGCAGGCACAGCGAGUGUGUCACCAAACUGAGGUUCGCGGCGGAUCAUGCGCCCCCAGCACUCGCUGUCGGAGCAGCCGGAGCACGAAAAAUCGCCCGAGCCGGAGCUGUUGCUUUCGAGAUCCCGCUCUUUGCGGACGAGAGAGCGGCAGCGGCGUUCGAGGUCACGCUGUUUCCGCACGCGCUUGCCCAACCGCCCGUGGUAUUUGCAAAGAACGGUGCCGGCGAUGACAAUGACGAGGAGGACGGCAGCGAUGGUAACACACGCAAUGCGUCCGGCGCCCCAUUGGGUCAUGGUGGCAAAGUAGAGUGAGGUAGGUGUAAGAAUUCUGGUGUGGGGUAAGACGGAGCGCCUAGAUAGGGUGAAGGAAAGCAAGUCGGGUGUCGCGAAAAGGAGUGAUUGUCGAUGGUUGUGACCAAGCCAGAUC